UAGAUUGGAUGAAGUAAUAUUUGAGAAAUGUUACCGAUAGUUUGCACAUAAUGUGGUCUUCCCAGAUAAAACAAACAUUCCAAUAAACUGACAGUGGCAGAGAGUACAUAAAGACGACAGGAGACUAUUGUUCAAUGAGUUUCUUGAAAAUUUUCUAAAGCACGGAUCACCUUGAAAUGCUAAAAUUAGCGUUUUUAUUUUGGCAACUAGUUGCUUUCUCGGUGACAAGUACACACCAAUUGCAAAAGAUACAUGAACGAAUGACCAGCGAUGAAAGACAGCAGGUGUUCGGAACAAUCGGCAACGAUGUGCCAGAUUAUGAAAUCGUUCAGAUUCAUUGGCCAAGGGUCGAAAAACGAUCCGCUGAUUAUGGUAGGAGAAUGCACUUGCGGGCUUUCGGAAAAAAUAUUGAAUUAUGGUUGACACCAGCGGACAGAGUUCUUUUUAGUUCGGAUACCCCAAUUUACACACUAAAGUCCGGACUCGCGGGUCCUUUAUUAACAAAAGACAUAUGGGUAAUGGACGAGGUUCAGAGAUAUGAAGACUUGGCAAAGUCUGCAGUUAUCAUAAUUAGUCAGAGAAAUGAAACUCCGAUAGUGAUUGGACACAUAGCAUCGGAAAAUUUAGUCAUCGAACCAAUUCCCCAACGGCUCAUUAAGGAAGCCAACAGGCAUCGUAGAUUCAUAGAAAAUCGUGAGUUUUUUGCAGACAAUGAUUACCAUAUUGUUCACAAGACGGCAACCCCUGAAGUGAAUAUGACAUCCAUAAUCUCAGUAACGAAGGAGGUAAAUGUCGUAAAUUCAUCGGUAGCGGAACUACCGGACAGAGCCCAUAUCAAACAGUGUACAAUUGCGCAUAGGAACUGCAUUAAUCAAUGCGGCAAUUUGUCACUAAUUAAUGAAGAACCAUUAUGUAACCAGUGUCAAUCGCAUGCACGUACUUACUUUCAUCAAUGUCCUUUAAGGGGUGCCACGGUGUACCCUCGAAUUUUAGUAGUCGUAGCUCAUGAUUUUUAUAAAAGAUUCAACCAAGAUGAUGUGUCUUCACUCGCUUAUCUCCUGGCUUUCUGGAAUGGUGUAGAUUUGAAGUACCGAUUCUUCAAGAAUCCAAAGUUUAGAUUGAAUAUCGCGGGUAUCGUCCUGACAAAGGAUGCCACGGCUUUAACAUACAUCAAGGACAAUACAAUUAAAAAAAGAAUUCCAAAUCUUCGGGGAACGCUAGAGGAUUGUGGAAAGUAUUGGUAUGCGCGAAAGGACGAUAUCGCUUUCGAUGAUUACGACGUAAUUAUAACCAUGACAAGCCACAGGCUGUGUAAAUCCACGGAAGAUCGACUUUGCAGUUAUGGUCUUGGAGCGGAAAUUGGAGUGUCGAAUAGAGCUUGUGCAAGAUCAGACGAGGAAAAUCAACUGUUGAAUACGGCUAUACUUCGGGAAAGAGCUGGGUUAGGUGGGAUUACGAAGGCUGCCCAUACGCUUGCUCGCUUACUCGGUGCUGAUGCGGAUGCUGAUCCGAUCGAUUGCUACCUCAGACAUAGUCGUCUAACGAAUCCAUAUGUAGAUGACAACAAUUACCAGGGGUCAUCUUGCAAUUUGAGUGCUAUUCAAGAUUUCCUUGACAUGAAUCCAACUUGUCUCAACCAUAAUCCGAGGCCAGAAGACGUUUUACCUGUUUAUCUCCCCGGAAAAUUCUUUGAUGUUCACCAGCAGUGCUACAAACUAGUGAGCAGCAGCGCCUGUCACGUCGACGAUUCAAUCUGCGAGCAAAUGAGGUGCUUCAAUCCAGCCAACGGGUGGAAAUGUGAGGGAACGAAGCUUGCCGCUGCUGAUGGUACAUCGUGUGGAGGAAGAAAUAUUUGUUUAAGAGGACAAUGUGUCCCAGACCCUACAGUCCCUCAAUCGACAAGCUAAAGGUGGCGAAAUUAUAUUUCAA